AUAGAAGUGGCUUUUAUAAAUUCUUUUUGCAUUGAUAAGCCAUAUAGAAUUGUGAGGCAUGUAGACUUUGAUUUGGAGAAUUCUGAAAGUGAACAAAAGGGAUUUAUAACGGUUACCGUAUUUCUGUGAACUAUUUUCAAGUUGUAGGAGAGAUGAAUCUUGGUUCAAGGAACGCUACAUGGUCUUUUAUAAACACCGAUCUCUCCUUCAAGGAGAAUCACAGUAACAGCGGAUAUGAUGUUCGGGUUUUCAGAGCUGAGUUAAUGCCAGCCUUAAUCUUCGUCUCCUGUCUUUUGCCGAUUGGGAUUAUCGGAAAUGGUUUUGUUUGCUGCAUUUAUCACAAGAAAUGGCGGGAAAGCCGACGAUCAUCCCGUUUGUUCAUUUUAUCUCUCGCUUGGAUUGAUUUAAGCAACUGCAGUAUAACUAUGCCUUUUGAUAUUGCGUUGAUGUUAAAUUCAACGACGUUUGACCAUACCAUAAUUUGUAAAUCCUUUCGAUAUUUAACAUUCAUGCUUAACUGCAUGUCUUCCAUUAUACUUAUUGGAAUUGCAGUGGAUCGUUUUAUCGGUAUUCGAUUUUCUAGAGAGAUGGCAUUCGGAGUACGGGAGGUCAAGAACUGUAUAUUAUUUGCCAUAUUGAUAUCUGCCUUAACAUGCUGGCCUGUUUUACUCUUAUAUGGCACUCAGACAUUUUAUCGCAAUGGUGUAAAAUCAAAGGCCUGUCUCAUUGACAAUAGAUAUAAAGAUACUGUAUACCCCUUUGUACACAGUUUAUAUCUUAUAGUCAGUAGUCUCCUUGUAGACCUUAUAUUAAUAAUUCUAUACUUAUUUACAUGGAGAUCAAUUCAUGUUAUGAACAAAGGAUUUUCAAAGAUUAAAUGUUAUGAAGGAAACAAAAGUAUAAUGAAUUAUGGAGAACUAAGCUGUUUUCGCUCUUGUUGUAAGAAGCGCGGGAAAUCAGUGUCUUCUAAUACCUCCUUUACUUCUACCGCCUCUGAAAACACUUUGAGGAUACAAAAUAAUGGUGAAUUAAAAGAAAAUUCAAAUAGUUUUGGGAACCAACUGACUGUUCCUAAUGAACGCAAUUACAAAUCAAGAACACCAAGGAACAGUAUGUAUUCAAUAACAUCAGAGAGUAUGCGAUUCGGACCAAAAAUUCAAGUCACAAAAUCUUACAUCAUGCUGUUCUCCGUGACGGUUGUGUACAUCUGUACGUUUUUACCAUUCUGUGUAAUUGCUAUACUUCGAUGUGUGAAGCCAGCCAUUUAUUCCACCCUAUCUGUGAUGGAAACAAACUUAUACCAACUAUUUUUACGGUCAUACAUGUUAAAUAUGGCAGCGAAUCCGGUAGUGUACUGUUUUGUGAACAAAGAUUUCAGAAAUGAUUGCAAGAAACUUUUUACUUGUUCUUCUAAUAAAUCAAAAACAAUAAUUAAAUAUUGAUGUUUUCAAGGACUGCAUGACUGAGAAUUAGAAUCAAUAAUGUGUUAUUUGCGUCAUAUGUCUAGAGAUGCAGCUUCUUCCAACAAUAAUGUGUCUGGCGUGUCAAAAUUAAAUCAAGACAUGCAUUAUACUGCAAAAUAAACAGUGCCCAUUCAGAUACAAUUAGAAUCUCGAAUACAAGCGUUAGUAAAACAUCUAACACUUCACAAAACAAUAUAAUGAGUGAUUAGGGAGCACAAAGAAACAGUUGGUUUUCUGCUUGUUAUUUUUUAGAACAAAGAUCACAUUAAUGAAAACAAAAUAGCUAGGUAUUUAAAUAUGUACAUUCCUAAGAAUUUGCUCUUUGUCAUUGGUUAUUAUUUGCAAUAUGUUGAAUAUCACAGUGUUUCAGAAUUUUGUCAAUUUAUACAGAAGUACUUAUAGAACAGCCUAUUGAGAUGUGAAAUGUGUUGGGUUUUUUUUUUUUAUUGAAUGCUGAAUGAAGCCAUUCUACAUUUUCAUUUCGGGAGUUGCAUUAUGUACCGAUCGAUGUGGGAAAUUUCUGCAUUGUACACUCUGUAUAAAAAUGAGAAAACAUAGUGUUUUUGUUGCCUUCAAAAACCAAAUGUCUGGCAUUCAUGCAACAAUAUACUGUAAACCAACUUUUAUUCGCGUGCGAGAAAUUUUCGCGAGGUUCGCGAGAACCUCGUCAUUGCGAAUAUUUCUCGCCGCGAACCGGUCCUUAAAGUCUCUCUUUUUAUUAACAACAGAUGAAAAAAGGGCUUGAUCGCGAAAAUUUAUCGUCGCGAACUAGUUUAUCCCGGUAAAUCGCGAAAUAAAGUCGUCGCGAAUAAAAGUUGGUUUACAGUAUUCGAGAAGUGGUGUAAAUCAGAUGUGGAUACUUAAAAAUUCCAAGGAACUUUUGGAAAAUUUGAAAUCACAAGAUUUUACCAAAAUCAACAGCUUAAAAACUUACGACUUUUCAACUUUAUAUACAACCAUUCCCCACGAUAAAUUGAAGUCCAGGCUUUUUGAUAUCAUUGACAGCUGCUUUUUCAAUAAAAAUGGAACUCGUAAAUAUUCUUACCUUGUCAUUGGUCAUUUGCAAAAUUAUUUUGUUAAAAAACAUUCUGAUUGUACACACAAGUACUCUGAAGUUGACAUUAAAAAGAUGCUUGAGUUUCUGAUUGACAAUAUCUUUGUGGUUUUUGGAGACCAGGUCUUCCAACAAUCUAUUGGAAUUCCUAUGGGUACCAAUUGCGCCCCGUUAUUA